AUGUUGCGGCAGGGUCAGCCGGUGGGUGAUGUCGUAGAUCCUGUGCAUCCUGCGACGUUCAUGUUGUUCACUGAAGCUGUUGUGGAUGAAUCUUCUGCUGUCUUGCUGAUCCAUAGUAGCGGCGAACACAGCCUGGAAGGCAAUGGAAGUAAGAUGUCCAUUGUUUUCGAGGAGGAAGGUAGUAUUUCUGGCGAAGUGUCAAGAGCAGCCGCGGUCCUGCAUGAUGAGGAGCUCAAUCCUCAAAGUCUAGAGGAUCAUCUUCAGAGCAAUGCUCCUGUCAAUGCUGCAGAAGAUCUAGACGAGAACGAUGUUGAGGCGGAGGAUGUUGAAGACGCGCCGGCUUUGACCGUAUCGUGCCCAGGUGACAUGCAAAGCG